GCUCGAACUUCUGGACGAGCGUGGCAUGGAGGGUCGCUAUGACUUCGUGUACCUGCCCUGCGACUUCUAUCGUGACGCCAACCUCGGCUAUGCCUUCGUCAACUUGGUUGAUCGCCAGGCAGUGGACCUCGUAUGGAAGAUCUUCGAUGGCUUUUCCGAGUGGCGUCUUCCCACUUCCAAG